AUGGGGAGUCUCCCCAGCCGGGAGAAGCCAAUGAGCAUCCUGCCAGCGGUUGCCAACGCCAUGCAGCCCCCGCUGCCCACACAGGCAGCUCCCAGCAGCUUCCUGGCCCUCUGCGACUUCCCCUCUGGCGGAGGGGCAGCUGCCGUCCUGAGGAUGGGGGAGCAGCUCCGUGUCCUCUCCGAGGACGGGGAGUGGUGGCUGGUGGCAUCUGAGGUGUCUGGCAAGGAGUGCCACAUCCCCAGCAGCUGUGUGGCCAAGGUCAGGCACAGGUGGCUGUACGAGGGCGUCAGUCGGCAGAAGGCGGAGGAGCUGCUACUACAGCCGGGCAACCACAGUGGGUCCUUCCUGAUACGGGAGAGCCAGACCAGGCGAG